AAACAAUGAAAUUAAAAAUACUGUGGUAGAAAGUGCUUCUUGAAGAGAAACCUGUCUGUGUACACAUACAGUACACAAUAUGCUUUGACAUGCUUCUUCCGGAGCAACAAUUCUUGUCUGAAACUGAAACUGAAACUUCAUCUUCUUCCUCCCACAAUCCUUCAUCAAGCACUUCGCUUCCGAAAUCCGCCAUCACUUCCGCCGCAGCAGAAUCCAAGAAAUCGUACAUUCUCAGGAAAUGCAUCGCCCUCUUGCACUCCUGCGCCUCCUCCGUCCCCAAACUGCGGCAAGUCCACGCCUUCUCCAUCAGAAAUGGCGUCCCUCUUUCCAGCCCCGACAUGGGGAAGUACUUGAUCUUCAGCCUCGUCUCGCUUUCGGGGCCAAUGCACUACGCCCGCAAAGUGUUCGAUCAAAUUCCCCACCCAAACAUAUUCACGUGGGACACGAUGAUCAGAGGCUACGCCGAGAGCGAAGACCCGUCUCCAGCUCUGCAUAUAUACCAGAGAUUGCGCCUGAGUUCGGUGGAACCUGAUACCCACACGUACCCUUUUCUUCUCAAAGCCAUCGCUAAAUUGAUGAUCGUCAGAGAGGGGGAGAAGGUGCAUUGCUCUACGUUGAAAGACGGGUUCGAGUCGUUGAUGUUUGUCCAGAACGCUCUGCUUCAUUUCUACGGCGCAUGCGGUCGCUCGGAGAGCGCCCACUGCUUGUUUGAGAAAAUGCCUUACAAGGAUCUUGUGGCUUGGAACUCGGUGAUUAAUGGAUAUGCUCUGAACAAUAUGCCUAACGAGACAUUGACCCUUUUCAGAAAAAUGGGGUCGGAGAAUGUUAAACCAGAUGGGUUCACGUUGGUUAGUUUGUUCACCGCGUGUGCCGAGCUUGGUGCCUUGUCUUUAGGCAGGAGAGCGCACGUGUACAUGACGAAAACAGGUUUAGAUAAAAAUUUACACGCUGCAAACGCGCUUUUAGUUCUUUACGCAAAGUGCGGGAGUAUCAAAGAGGCGAAGAAGGUCUUUGAUGGAUUGCAGAUCAAGAGCGUAGUAUCAUGGACUUCACUCAUAGUAGGGUUGGCUGUUAAUGGAUUUGGUGAAGAAGCACUCGAACUUUUUAAGGAGAUGGAGUUUCGGAGAAUGGCUCCGAGUGAAAUCACUUUUGUCGGAGUGCUGUACGCGUGCAGUCACUGUGGAUUGGUGGAUGAAGGAUUCGCGUAUUUCGAAAAAAUGAAAAAGGGAUACGGAAUUGUGCCUAAAAUCGAGCACUACGGUUGCAUGGUUGAUUUAAUGGGCAGAGCGGGUUUAGUGAAGAAGGCGUAUAAAUACAUUCUUGAAAUGCCGGUAAAACCCAAUGCUGUGAUAUGGAGAACUCUACUGGGUGCAUGCGCAAUAACCGGAGAUUUAUCAAUCGGAGAGAUUGCUAGAGAAGAAUUAAGAAAGUUAGAGCCGAAGCAUUGUGGAGAUUACGUACUUAUUUCGAAUCUUUACGCGUCAGAAAGACGUUGGUCGGAUGUUCACAAUGUGAGAAAGGCGAUGCUUGACGAAGGUGUGAGGAAGGUUCCGGGCCAUAGUCUUGUCGAAUUGGGGAAUAUUACGUACGAGUUUGUAAUGGGAGAUAAAACGCACGCGCAAACCGAGGCUAUAUAUUCGAAGCUUUCGGAGAUGACUAGGUUGUUGAGGCUUGAAGGGUAUGCUCCACAUACGUCGAACGUGCUUGCGGAUAUUGAGGAAGAGGAGAAGGAGACUGCUUUGUCCUACCACAGCGAGAAGAUUGCGAUUGCAUUUGUGCUGAUUAAUACGCCACCUGGCACGCUGAUUAGGAUCGUGAAGAACUUGAGGGUGUGCGGGGAUUGCCACCUGGCGAUUAAACUGGUGUCGAAGAUUUUCAGGCGUGAGAUUGUUGUUAGGGAUUGUAGCCGUUUUCAUCAUUUUAAGGAUGGGGAGUGUUCUUGUAAAGAUUAUUGGUAGAUUCAGUUUGAACACUUGGUUUAUUUGUCGUAUUCCUCUUUUUUCGUUUUCUGCCCGAUUCUUGAUAAACGACGCCGUUUCAGCUCA